AUGAGUUUGGACUCGCCGAGCGCGCGCGCGGCGCAAGGACGCGAAGUUAUCGAUUUGAGCGCGGAAAUGUACGAGGACGAACAGCCGUACGUGGAAAUUUUGCACAUUCCGAACAACAAGGUUGGAUUGGUGAUCGGACGCGACGGACGACACGUUGGAUUCGUACAGAAUCGCACGGGGACGCGGAUAUCGAUCGCGAGAGAUUCGUGGGAUGGGUCUAGGCGACGCGUGGAAAUCGAAGGACCGCCGGAGCGGUGCCGGGAGGCGGCGACGAUGAUUCAGCGACUGAUCGCAUCCGCGGAUGAUCGCGAUCGGGAGAUCAGUGAGGGCGCGAUCAGGGCGUUGUUUGAGGGGUUGGAGGUCGCGGAAACCGCGGUGAUGGCGGCGAACGUCGUCGCGAGUCAACGGGCGAGGGAAGAAUUGGCGGACGACGCGGAUGCGCAAUUCGACGAUUCGUCGGCGGAUUUCGACGGUCGCGGUAUGCCUGGCGCGCCGCGAGGUGCGCCACCGUCCGCGAGACAAGGACCGGCGACGGCGACGAUGACGAUUCCGCACACGAAAGUCGGGAUGAUCAUCGGUCGGGGCGGAGAUAACGUCAAGUACAUUCAGCAACAGACGCACGCGCGGAUUCAGAUUCAGACGGAUGCGGAGACGCCCGAGGGCGCGCCCAAUCGUAUGGUUUACCUUCGCGGUCCCGUGGAAGCCUGCCGUCACGCCGCGCGAUUGAUCAACGAUAUGUGCAUCGGUCGAGUGCUCAUUCACGCGCCCGUGCCGCAUCACGGAGCUUUGAUGACGCCAGCCAUGCCCGGAGAACCGCUCGAUCGCGGCGAUCGCGGCGCGGGGAAAGCCGUCGCGUCCGGGGGCGGUGGCGCGCCGCCGUACCCGAGCUCGAGAUCGGCGUACGGACCGAUGCAAAUCGAUUACUCCGCGAUACCCGCGAUGUACCCACCGCCGUAUUUCGGGCAGCCUUACACGGGACUUUACAACGUCGGCGCGUACCCUCACGAGAUGAUGCCGUACUGGAACCAAUACGCGACGUACUACGGUCAGCCGCCGAUGAUGACUCCGUACGAUCUGGGCGGCAAGGAAGGACAGACGGUGUACUACGAACAACCCGCGACGCCACCGUUUCGUUACGGCGAGGAAAUCGAGCGCGGCCAGGGUGAAAGCGAAGGCGAGGUCGAGGUCGAGGGCGAAGGCGUCGCCGAGCCCCAACCGCGCGCCGAUUCGCCCUCGUCGCCCGAAUCGAAAGACGCCGUCUCGGACUCCACGCGAUCUCCGACGACGCCCAAACAACACCAGCGGCAAACAUGA